AGCGCGAGCAUCUCAGUUAAAUGGGUAACAGCAUGACUUAUUGGGAAUCAAUUACGUGCUAUUUCAUGUGCAUUGCACAUGUACGCAGUUCUAUGUGACUUAUUGAGUAUGGCAUAUUUGCAGUGUUAAAUAUGCAAGAUCUAUCGGACCCUUUAAAGACUGAGGUGUUGUUUAUGAGAUGUAUUUGACUGUGAGCACAUGGAGUGCUCUGGCCACUGCAGUGUGAUGCGUUUCAGCACCGCGGACAGCGCGAGCUCCCGUUCACCCGGUUAUCAACGGCAAGGUCGUUCGUUCUCAUCCGUCCCGUUUUGAGUGGAGCUUUCUGACCAAUCAGCCCGACAUUUGCAUUCAUUUGAAUGAAGUUAUGAGGCCCCUCAUCUCACGCCGUCCCCAGCUCGAGGUUGCCACGGCAACGACCCAGCAUCCGGCUCAGGGUCGCGGUGGAAGCUCUCGGACAAAUGACAGCGCAUUUGAAAGCCACAGGAUCUCCCCUCGGUGUAGUAAAAUACGGAGUCAAUAAGUUCAUAAUUCAGUCAAUAAUUGUCAAUAAGUUCUGAGAAGGAGCGAAGCAGCUGGACUGUGACUGUGCCUUUAGCACUGAAGUGUAAGUAAAAACACCCUCUGAUUCACUCCAAAAUGUUCCCUCUCGUCGUUUUGCUAUGGCGUCUGACGUCUCUUGCGACGGCGGCCCAAACCAACGAGAGGCGCGUCGUCGCCCACAUCCCCGGCGACGUCAUCAUCGGAGCGCUUUUCUCGGUGCACCACCAGCCACCGGCCGACAAAGUGCACGAGCGCAAAUGCGGGGCGGUUCGCGAGCAGUACGGCAUCCAGCGGGUCGAGGCCAUGAUGCACACCCUGGACCGGAUCAACGCCGACCCCAAAAUCCUCCCCAACGUCACGCUGGGCUGCGAGAUCCGGGACUCCUGCUGGCACUCCGCCGUGGCCCUGGAGCAAAGCAUCGAGUUCAUACGCGACUCGCUCGUGGCCGCGGACGAAAGCGAAGAGGCCGGGGGCGGGACCAGGUGCGCGGAUCCGAGCGCCACGCCCAUGAAGGGGAAGAAGCCAAUCGUGGGGCUAAUUGGACCGGGAUCCAGUUCGGUGGCCAUUCAAGUGCAAAACUUACUGCAGCUGUUCAACAUCCCGCAGAUCGCGUACUCCGCCACCAGUAUGGACCUCAGCGACAAAUCACUCUACAAGUACUUCAUGAGGGUCGUGCCUUCGGACGCCCAGCAGGCCAGAGCCAUGGUGGACAUAGUCAAGAGAUACAACUGGACCUACGUAUCUGCCAUACACACCGAGGGUAACUAUGGUGAGAGUGGGAUGGAGGCGUUUAAGGAGAUGGCGGGAAAGGAAGGGAUUUGUAUCGCUCACUCGGAUAAAAUUUGGAGUAACGCCGGCGAGCAGAACUUCGACCGUCUGCUGGCGAAACUGCGCAAGUACCUUCCCAAAGCUCGUGUGGUGGCGUGUUUCUGUGAGGGCAUGACCGUACGAAACAUCCUCAUGGCCAUGAGGCGCCAGAACCUCGUCGGAGAGUUCCUAUUGGUCGGCAGUGAUGGGUGGGCGGACCGGUAUGAUGUCACUGACGGGUACGUGCGCGAGGCCGCCGGCGGCAUCACGAUUAAACUGCAGUCCGCGGACGUCAAGUGGUUUGACGACUACUAUCUGAAACUACGUCCCGACAAUAACCCACGAAAUCCCUGGUUCCCCGAGUUCUGGCAGCACCGGUUCCACUGCCGGCUGAAAGGACACCCGCAGGACAACAACAAAUACAACAGAACCUGCGGCAAGCGCGAUUCUCUGCGGCAGCAAUACGCUCAGGACACCAAGAUGGGCUUCGUGAUCAACGCCAUCUACAGCAUGGCCCACGGCCUUCACAACAUGCAGAAAUCCCUGUGUCCCGGUGUGGUGGGACUGUGCGACGCCAUGAGGCCCAUCGACGGCGCCAAGCUCCUGGACUUCCUCAUGAAGACCAACUUCACCGGCGUGACCGGGGAAAACAUUUACUUCGACGAGAAGGGAGAUUCGCCAGGGAGUUACGUGAUCAUGAACUUCAAGAAGAUGGGGAAGGAUUAUUUCGACUACACAAACGUGGGCAGCUGGGACAUCAGCGGUCUGCAGAUCAAUGACGACGAGAUCUGGCCCAACAAAGAGGACAUCAUCAGAUCGGUGUGCAGCGAACCCUGCGAUAAAGGUCAAAUCAAGGUGAUCCGUAAAGGAGAGGUCAGCUGCUGUUGGACAUGCACCCCCUGUAAGGAGAACGAGUUUGUGUCGGACGAGUACACGUGUCGUGCGUGUGAGCUGGGAUCUUGGCCCACACAUGACCUCACCGGAUGUGACCCGAUCCCAGUGGAGUUUCUGAGGUGGGGCGACCCUGAGCCCAUCGCAGCCGUGGUCUUCUCCUGCUUGGGUCUGAUGGCCACGUUCUUCGUCACCUCCAUCUUCAUCAUCUACCGCGACACUCCCGUGGUGAAGUCGUCCAGUCGCGAGCUGUGUUACAUCAUUCUGGCGGGGAUCUGUAUGGGAUACCUCUGCACCUUCUGUCUCAUCGCGAAGCCUCGCGUGAUCUACUGCUACUUGCAGCGGCUGGGCAUCGGCCUGUCGCCCGCCAUGAGCUACUCGGCCCUCGUCACCAAAACCAAUCGCAUCGCUCGGAUUCUGGCCGGCAGCAAAAAGAAAAUCUGCACUAAGAAACCUCGUUUCAUGAGCGCGUGCGCCCAGCUAGUGAUCGCCUUCCUUCUCAUCCUCCUGCAGUUGGGCAUUAUCGUGGCGCUUUUCGUGAUGGAGCCUCCCGACGUCGUCCAUGCUUAUCCCUCGAUCCGCGAGGUCAACCUCAUCUGCAAUACCACUAACUUAGGUGUGGUGGCGCCAUUGGGCUACAACGGCCUUCUCAUCAUGAGCUGCACCUUCUACGCCUUCAAGACGCGCAACGUCCCGGCCAAUUUUAACGAAGCGAAGUACAUCGCCUUCACCAUGUACACCACCUGCAUCAUCUGGCUGGCCUUCGUACCCAUUUACUUCGGCUCCAACUACAAGAUCAUCACCAUGUGCUUCUCCGUCAGUCUGAGCGCCACCGUGGCUUUGUGUUGCAUGUUUGCGCCGAAGGUUUACAUCAUCCUCGCUAAGCCGGAGAGGAACGUCCGCAGCGCGUUCACUACGUCGACGGUUGUGCGAAUGCACGUGGGAGACGGGAAAUCCUCCUCCGCGGCCAGCCGGUCCAGCAGCCUGGUCAACCUGUGGAAGAGACGAGGCUCGUCGGGAGAGACGCUCAGCUCUAAUGGGAAGUCUGUGACCUGGGCCCAGAAUGAGUGCAGUUCCAAAGGCAGCCACCUGUGGCAGCGUCUCUCCUUCCACAUCAAGAAGCGCGAAAGCAAUCAGACGGCCGUGAUAAAACCUUUCUCCAAAACGUCCGAGGGACGCUACUGUGGAGGCAGCGACAUCAACACCGACAACAGUAACAACAAGAUGCUCUACGAGGUCACCGAAGCGGAGGAGCGCUACCCCAUCAGCUACCGGCCCCAGACCCCCUCGCCAAUCAGCACCGUGACCCAAAGAGCGAGUAUUUCUUUAGCGCAAAGCAAUGACGCCCAGGUCAUGAGCGUCUCCACGUACAUGUGUCAGCCUCAGCAUCGCGGUAACGUUUCGUGCGGCGGAAGUGCGUCGCAAGGCUCGCUAAUGGAGCAGAUUAGCUGCGUGGUGAACCGUUUCACCGCUAACAUCAGCGAGCUCAACAGCAUGAUGCUCACCAGUUCUCCUCCGGGAAGCACCGCGGUUUUAUCCACCAGCGCCUCUGCUCACGCACAGGAUCCCUGCUGUCCUCCGGCCUACCGCCUGUCCCGAGAGAUUUCCAUGCCGGCCACCAUGACGACCUAUGCCGAAAUACAGCCCCUCCCACCGGUGGAGCCUAACGUGGGCCGCCCCGCACCCUCCUGCAAUCUUUCCGGUUCAUCGCGGCUCAAAACGUCACCAACGACCAGUGGGAAGGAGCUUAAAGUGGGCGUGUCCUCGGUUAUGGAGUCGCCGUCCAAUCAGCUUGAGCUUGAGGAACUGCUAGCGCUGACUCCGCCCUCCCCCUUCAGGGACUCCGUCGGGUCGGGAAGCGCCUCGCCAAGUUCUCCCGCUUCGGAUGCCGAAAUGACCGAACUUCCGCUCGUCCCGAAAUACGAUUGCCUGGUGCUCCGACACUACAGCCAGAGUUCGUCUUCAUUAUGAGGACCAGCAUGGCGGACAACAGAGUGAAGAAUGGAGCGCCAAAUAAUGUCGCUUGAGUGUGUGUGUUUACAUGUUCUCACCUUCAGACCAAUGCAAAACCGGGCUCCGCCGCCCCUCCAGAUAAACAUCAGACCUGCAGUAGUUUCUCAAUCGUUCGUCUAGUUUGGCGUCCAUUGGUCUGUUUUGGUAGUGGCCUUAAACAAAUAUGGCUUUCAUCUAAUUAGUGCUGUUUCUAUGACUACGAUAUGUUGGUGUCCCCCCCCCCAAAAAAGGAUGUCGGCGGACGAAUACACAGGGAGACCCACGGGGAUGUUCCCAUACAUGGAUAUUACGAGCCUUUUUUUGCUACUUUCAUCAUCAAACAAUGAGAUUAUUAAGGGCUGGAAAAAGACACGGCAGCAAAGGGAAAAGCCUGUUUAAUUACACACUGCUUCGCUCGUACACGACUGCUGGUACACUGUAAUAAUUAAAGAGUCCGAGGUGACGUCCCCCGAUGCUUUCCGAGAUUCAAACGCAAUCUUUGAACAAAGUGCUUUGUUUGAUGUACCACAGGACGGUGUGUGAGAGAGCAAACAGACCGAUAUUCACACACAUCAUCAUCGUCCAUGACUUUCUCUUCUCCUUUUUCUCUCCAUUUUCUCUUAAUUCUUCCAUUUUUCUACCUGCCUUUUUCAGAAACAGAGCAUAUAUGGGUGAAUCUAAUGAAACCUGUCCAGAUCAUAUUUCACCCCAAAAAUCUGCUUAUAGAAAAAUGAAACCUUAUUAUAGGAUCAUAGGUGGUCAUUUUUGAAAAUAAUGUCACAAUGCAAUGAUUUUAGGCUUCAUUUCUAGUGUCUAUUUACACGCCUUUUUAACUCCGCCCACUGACGUUGAUGCUGGAUUGUCGAUUAAGACGCAUAAAAUAACGUUUUGACACAAAUCGACCCGGUUCGAAUCUCCCUUUUCCCAUCUCGUAUCAAAUCGGAAAGGCAUUUAUUUUCAAUAAAAUGUAGAAAAUAUUCAAAAAGUGGAAAUAAAGUGUCUAACGUGCGUUUAAUAAUAAAGUGUUUAUCAGUUAGGGAUUGGGGAAGUUGUAGGGAGGGAUUGUCCCAAUAAGCAAUAGCCGCAACCAUUUAUUUAUUUAGGUUUAUUUAUAAAAUUUAAUUUCAGGGUGAACUGUGACCUAGACAUGUUUUCAUAAUAAUUACCUGCAUUUUUUAUAUAUAUAUAUAUUAUUAUUGUUGUUGAUUUAAUUGUGGGACCAAACUCUGGAGCCAGAUCCUGUAACACACCUUACCAAAACGUUGUGGUACCAUGUUAUAGUGAUGGUAUCAGGUGGUAAUACCCUGGUACUCCCAAGAAUACCAUGGUACUUUUUUUAUUUACUUUUUUUGUUAAUGGCAAACUAGUGAGGGAAACUCUGAACAUGAACUACACAGACACAAAUUCAAUUUUGUAAGAUGGUAGUGGGUGAAGUGACAUCAUAUCACCCCUAACAAACCAGUUCACUGUGGGUCAUAUCAUUGAUCUGUGUCAAAUCAAAUCAUUCAGUCAACAACGUUUUGGUCCAAAGUCAACAUGGAAUGAAAAUGUUUACUUUCUUAAAACACAUUCCUGGUGUUCUUUUGAACAAAUGUAUCUGUGCACGACACGGUUUGUCCCUACGAAAAAUAACCGAACAAUGUAUAAAUUAUGUCACAUUACAGAAGUAGGCCUAUAAUGGGCUGCGAACGCCAUUUCAUGUUGACUUUAAAUGAUAAUUUUUUCUAUCAGAAGGGCUUUUUUAUGUAAUCUUAAACAGCUUCUUUUCCUCUCUCUCUCUCUCUCUAUCAUCAGGUUUUGAAUCAUAAAUGAUAUGAGUUAUGUGUUCACCAUGAAGCCAUUCUAAUCAUUUUGAUUGACGAUUCCUAUUGAUUGUGUAAAUAUCAAGGGCAUGCGAACAGCAACAAGUCUAGUAAAGUUUUAACAGUGUCUUAUUGUUAAAGCUGAACAACUGCAGUCAUUUUAAACGGAUUACACGAGGACGAAAUAACAGAAGAUUUUACGAGUCUAAAGAUGUCUUUUCUUACCAUUCCCUUGUGUACAGAACGUGCUUAGAUGAAUGUGAGGCUACUCAAGUGUCUAGCAACUAUAUGAAAAACAAAAAGAGAAAUUUACAAGUAAUAUUUAUCUUAAUAGAGCUUUUAGUGCCAAAGGGGGGAGGGAGAAGGUGUGGCGAAAUGUGUGUUUUUCGUAACAUAAUGAUAUGAAUCGUUUUUAUGGUGAUGAGUAUUCUUUUUAUAUAAAUAUAUAUAUAUAUUAUAAAUAGACCAGACUUUGGGACUCAAAGCAAUACACACCAUACGCAUAUACAAAGCACAUCGGCUUUAGAAGUUUUCUAAUCAAUUUGAAACUUCUUUCUGUGAAUGAGAAAUCUUCCUCCUUCUCUUAUUUCGUCAUAUUUCGGGGAUUCAGCCCGAAUCUACAUACCAGACACGUGUUUCGAAACAAUUAAAUCAAUGCUUCUGUCUACACUAAAAACCAUGGAAGCUCGUUUCCGCCUCGGAAUAAAAAAAAUGUGGGAAAUAAAGACUUUUUUAAAGGGGACCUAAUGCAAAAUUCACUUUUAUAAGGUGUUUGAACAGAGAUGUGUGUCCUUAGAGUGUGUAAACAAGCAGUCUAAUGGUAGAAAUACACCCACUCUUUUUUAUAAUCCCCAUAAAUCAUAAACAGAGCAGCAACUGUUUUACAUUUAAAGGGACGCACACAAAACGUCAUAUUACAUAUUGUGAAAAGGGGCAUAAUAGGUUCCCUUUAAGACUUUCAUUCUCCCUCUAUUGCUACCCAGACAGCAAACUGACAUUGAAUCAACGUGGAAACGACGUCUCUCAUGACAUUGAAACAACGUUGAUUUUGC